AUGCCCCCUCUCGCACCCGUUUCCAGCGGUUCGUUUUCGUACGCCGUGGACAGCUUCUACGUCGAGUCGUCCGGCCACCACGUCCACCACCGAGCCACAAUCCCAGAGCUCAAGACCCUCUUUGACACGGCCUCCGACGCAAACAGCAAAUCAGACCAUGUGGGUCAUUGGUAUGAAGCCCAGCUCCUUCAUUAUGGCCUGGCGCCAUCGAAGAACAAGGCCGUCGCCAAGAUGAGGUUGCAGGACGCCUUGCGUGGUGGGAGUCAUUCGGUCCCCAAGGAUAUCACCCAGGUCGAAACCGAGUUGAAAAAAAGUGGAAGAAGACGGAUAACCAAGGGCACCGCGGCCAAGAGAAAAAGAACCGACAAUGAAGAUACUGCAGAGCCAGCAAGCCAGGCGGCCAAGGGAGCUAAAAAGAUCAAACCGACUGCUUCGACUGCUGCGGUACCCAAGAAGUCCAAAGCCACGGCGGCGACGACCACUACCACCACUACUACAGCAACCACUAAGACUACCACAACUACAAAGACUACUGCCAAGGCCAAGGCCGCAUCUGAACCAGACAAUAAAAAGGCCACGGCACAGAAGAAAUCUGCUGCCGGCUCAGGAGCCCAGUCCACCAACACCAAGGCUGCUGAAUCUGCCCCUGCUACGGCCCGUAAACAGACUGCCAAACGCGGCGGUGCGGUUGCUGGAUCGAGGGUGAAGGCGACUCCGGCCGAACCUGCCAAUGACCCACCCAAGCAGACCAAACAGACAGCGCGUUGCUCUGGCCGAGGCCGAGGAGCAUCAAUGGUUGGCAGGCUCCUGGUAACUCAUCGGGGGUCUGAACAGUCCGAGGCCCAACCCAAUCCUCCCUCGUAUGAAUCCAUCUACGAACCGAAGUCUGGCCAGGACGGAUACUCUUCCUACGACAAUGCAGAUGGAUUGAUGGAUGUGGAUAGUCCGAGUGAAGAUGAUGGCUAUGGUCCCCAGGCUAAUUCAGACUCGGAACCCUCCAACCGAGGACCUCUUCGACUGCUAGGCCUGAUCAACGGGGACUAUCAGAUCUUCUCUCCCAAUUUUUCCGAUUUUUCUCACCAGUUCCCUGUCGACGAGUUCAAUCUCUCCCUCUGUCUAGCUGGGAACAAUGUAUGGGGUGCAUACGACUUUGGCAUGUUCCACGGGAUCAUGUGGUUUUCAGAGCGGCCAUGGGGCUCGUCCUACGAAAAGAUCCCUUUUGUGUGGCGUGGCUGGGAGCGCGGCGAAGGAGAGAUGAGCUUUGGGCCUAAGAACAAGGGCUGCAUCCGGUUUCUGGGUGGCGGAGACAUCGAGGGAGAAAUCAACUGCUACGGCAAUGCCAAGUUCUACGGCGAGCGCAUCAGUGGCCAGGAGACGCAACCGUUCCGUGAUGUCCGCAGUAUGCGGGAGGAGCGGAAGUAG